AAACGCAGAAGCUUGCUGGAAACAAUAUUAGAUUUUGUGAGUUUUUCAGGGAUUCUCACGAAAUGGAGACUUAUCAGACGUUAAAUCGUGAACUAGUGUCCAGCGUGUGUGAUCUGCGGAAAGAGAAUUGUGCGUUGAGAGAUCUGGUGACCAGUUUGAAGGCAGAAAACAUGAAACUGGCAAGAGAGCACAGUGAUUACAAGCGACGUGUUUCCGAUGCAUUUUCCAAACUAUCUCAGGAAUUUGUGAAUUGUACAAAGGAGGUCCUAGAGGAGGUCCCAAAAGUCAGCUUCCAGCAGGAGAUGUCCAAAAUGAGGUAUUCCGUGGCGAUGAACUCUUCAGUAAUUGGCACUUUGCCGCGAUCGAGUCCUGACAAAUGCCAGCAAAACAAAGUCGCUGCAGCUUCAUUCGUGAAUAUAAGACGCCGUAAUUCCUUCCGACAACCCAAAGAGAAUGCGGCAAGCAUUCAGAACAUCCACGAGGACUAUGAACCACAAGACAUGUCGACUGAUGGCAUAAAGGAGUGGCUGCGGAAAGAUUCUAUUCCGGCGAUUUCGGUUGAAGUUCCUGCUUUAGAAGAGACUGAGGAGCAGAGGCGAGAGGACGAGCCUCCACAGCAGACUGAAGAUACCGUGCCAAACAAAGAUCUCAUUUACAAGAACAUGACGACGAUUAUCGAGGAGAACUCCAAGAACAACACAUCGUGCAGUGCAAAGUUACACAAUUCUGUAGCCAAUGUGGCGAAAUUUGCUGCCAGCACUCCUCACAAUGGUAAAGUGGCAACAAGUGAGCCAGUCCGAAUGGAAUUGUCACCGAUUCCCUUCUCUGAUGGCUCCAGAGAUGAGAAAUGCCGGUUGGCCAGCCGAGAGACACGCGACCAUAUCUUUGAGCCUAUCUUCACCAAGCAGACUUCUCUGUCGUCUGAGAUGAGCAAUGGAGACUCCAGUUCCUCCAGCUGGAGGCCUUCACUGAGCCCAGAGCCUCUUAGUAGAGUAACUGUUCGGCGAAGGAAAGGGCGAAUUCAAGAUGUUUCACCGACGAUUAAUCUGGCGCAAGAGUCGGAAGUUCAGAAUGUUGAAAUGCAAGAGACUGAAAACAAAUCUGAAGAAAUCACGUCUCCAGUCAAGGCCAAGAGGAAGCCUAAUAAGAAGAUUUCCAAGAGGCAGAAACUGGGGGACAGAACAAAUCUGACCGCCACCGACGAGACGAGCUCUCAAGUGUGCCCCCAACCAAUUAAAGUGGAGAAUUUGGAGGAAGAAACGCUGUCUCGACGUCCGAGGCGCCGGGCAGCACCGCAGAAUCUCACAGAGCCCAAGAUUAGCGGGAAAAUGCGUCGCACAUAAAUAAAU